AUGGAUUGCAAGAACCGGAAGCCAGUGAAAGUAGUGAUCAUCGGUACUCAAUACAUUGAAACAAACCCUUUGAGCUUCAAAUCUGUCGUUCAGAGCCUCACCGGGAAGGAUUCUUGCGUGGCAUGGGUAGAAGAGAGCUCAUACAAGAGCCGGAAGAGAAGGAGAACUGUGGACAAGUCAAGCGGCGACGCUGCCGCGGAACUGUCAAACUGUCGGUCGUUUAAUGACUGGGAUGGAUUAAUGUUGGAGCUGCCUCCAGCUGAGGAACUGAGUUGGGUGUGGGGGAACUAG